UUCUUCCUUCAUUCUCAUUCUCAUUCUCAUUCUCAUUCUGAUCAUCAUUUAUUAUUGUCUGAAGGAAAAAAAGACGACGAUUCUUACCUUUGGCUUCAAACCUCAAAUCAGCUUUCAAUCAUCGUUAUCGCUUUCCUUUUUCUCUGCGAAUCACGAGAUCUCGGAAUCGCAUCCGUGAUUGUUUUUUUUGGUCCUUGUUCACGAUUUUCACGUUAAAUUGUCGUCUGUGCUUUUUUUAGCGGGUAGGAGGGGAAGCUGAAUUUCAAACGAGAAUUCUGUAGAUUUUUUUUUUUUUGGGUUUUGGGUUAAAGAUGGAGAAGUACGAGCUGGUGAAAGACAUAGGAGCUGGGAAUUUCGGAGUGGCGAGACUCAUGAAGGUCAAAGACUCUAAGGAACUUGUUGCCAUGAAGUACAUCGAGCGUGGCCCCAAGAUUGAUGAGAAUGUGGCGAGAGAGAUCAUCAAUCACAGAUCACUUCGCCAUCCUAAUAUAAUCCGCUUUAAGGAGGUGGUGUUGACGCCAACUCAUCUUGCCAUUGCCAUGGAAUAUGCUGCUGGUGGUGAACUUUUCCAGCGUAUUUGCGCUGCUGGAAGAUUCAGUGAGGAUGAGGCGAGAUACUUCUUCCAGCAGCUUAUAUCAGGUGUUAGCUAUUGUCAUGCUAUGCAAAUAUGCCACCGAGAUCUGAAGCUCGAGAAUACACUCCUGGAUGGUAGUCCUGCUCCACGUCUCAAAAUAUGUGAUUUUGGUUAUUCCAAGUCCUCUCUACUGCACUCGAGGCCCAAAUCAACUGUUGGAACUCCAGCAUAUAUUGCACCUGAGGUCCUUUCUCGCAGAGAAUAUGAUGGCAAGAUGGCUGAUGUGUGGUCUUGUGGUGUAACUCUUUAUGUCAUGCUUGUUGGAGCAUACCCUUUUGAAGACCAAGAAGACCCCAAAAACUUCAGGAAAACAAUACAAAAAAUCAUGGCUGUUCAGUACAAAAUCCCGGACUACGUCCACAUCUCACCAGAUUGCAAACAUCUCCUUUCCCGUAUAUUUGUGGCCAACUCACUCAAGAGGAUAACCAUUGCAGAAAUCAAGAAACACCCAUGGUUCACCAAGAACUUGCCAAGGGAGCUCACAGAGACAGCUCAAGCUGCAUUAUUCAAGAAAGAGAAUCCAACCUUCUCCCUCCAGACCGCUGAAGAGAUCAUGAAGAUAGUGGAUGACGCCAAAACGCCUCCACCUGUUUCCCGUUCCAUAGGAGGUUUUGGCUGGGGAGGAGAGGGAGAUUCAGAGGGGAAAGAAGAAGAGGAAGAGGUGGAGGAAGAGGAAGAGGAAGACGACGAAGAUGAAUAUGAUAAGACUGUAAAGCAAGCACACGCAAGUGGAGAAGUGAAACUCAGUUGAUUUUUUAUUUUGUUUAUGUCUAUGUAAGAAUGAAGUUGCCGUUGGUUUGCUGAAACGUAAAAAGUAUCUGCUUUCUUUUUUGUCUUUGCCAAUUACAAUGCUUUGGUGUGGGUUUUUGAAAGAUUUGUAAAAUUCGCAGUAUAAGAAGAAGAGAGGUUGAUUAUGAGUCCUGUCUACAGGGUAUGAACAAUGUGACCUCAUCUUGUAAAUUAGAUUUUUGUUUUCGUGUUCA